CGCCCGAUUCUCACUCUGGCAAGAUGGCGGCGCGUGUGCAGGGGGAGGCGGCGUGGAACCGGUGGCGCGUGCCGUGGCCUGCGAGCAGCGCUACGGUGGCCCUUCCGGCCCAACACCCGGCAGUGAGAUGCCUUCCAGCUGUUGUAAAAGGAUGUUACAAGGUCAGCAUGUUGCUAAAGAGUAAAGCUGUGGAUGCAGAAGGAAAAGUUUUACAUGCGAUUCUUUAUGGUUUCCACAACAGAAUGGCUCACCAUAAAACCUAUUUGUCUCUGAAACAGGUAGAACAAUGCUUAAAGCGUUUAAAUCAGAUGAACUUGAUGGGUUCCAUUCAAGAUCUGGCGGAGUUGUGUCCCAAGAAAAAUAAAUUUGAAAAUGCAGGGAAGUGCUUAGUUCCCAGCCAGCCUGUGACAGAAGUGGUGGCGGUGAAGAUCUUGGGAGGCUGCAAGCUCUUGCUGCGCUUACUGGAGUGUUGCUGCAAAGCAUUUGUCCUGUCUGUUAAGCAUCUGUGUUUGGAAGAAUACAUCCUCUUGAACACUGUGGUUUUGGGAUUGUUGAGCAGAUUAUGGAUUCUCUAUAGGUGUGUAUUACAAAGCCUCAUUUCUUUAUAUGGGGUGUUGUGUGGGUUGCUGCAGGAGGUGUCCAGGACCCAGCAGAUGCCUUUUAUUAAGGGGUUUACCUUCCCUUCUGAAAUCACUGAGUUUCUGGGACCCCUUUAUUUGGAGAUUAAGAAAAGACCUAAAGUACUUGCACCAAAAAAGGCAACUGGAUGGCUGAACAAGCUGUUUGCAGGGCCUGCAGUAGCAUCCAGGUGCAGUAAAGAGAGAGGCCCAGCAGCUCCCACAAGGUGCAGCAAGAAGAUGACCAACAUCCAGCACCCCAUUGAUAUUGGGAAGCCGGUUCUGGUGAAGAGAGCUAACCGAGGGAAGCAGUUGGGAUUUGACAUCAAGACCUUAUGUAGGCAACUGAAACUCAGAGUCCAAGAGGAUGUAGACUUCAGGCUAACACUUUCUGAAGCAAAAGCAGUGAGAUCUCAGCAUGUCAAAUCCCUUGUGUUGCGGUUUAGAGAAGCCUGCUCUUUUGGAGAACUGUCUGAAGCACUCAAAACAGCCAUUCUCUGCUGCAAAAGCAAAAAGCUCAAGUCAGAAGCUUUCUUUCUGGGAACAAAACUUUUGAAAAGCAAACGGCUGCAGCAUGUGGAGGCUCAAGGCUGCAGCUUACAGAAAAAACUGGGCUGUGUUAAAGCAUCUAUCUGCAAAUACCUUCUCUCUGACUUGCAAAAGGAACGUUGUCCAAAGCAGUACUGCAGAGCAAGUUCCUGGCAGCAAAGGAAGAUCAGACUGUCCAGAACAUCAAAAUCUGUCUCAAAGAAGACUCCAGAGUUUGUUCAGCAAAACACUUCCAGCCUUUUUGAAGACAGUAUGCCUGGUGCUGUGUCACUCUUUCCUUCUCGGCAGUGUGAGCAUUCACUUCACCUAAGAAAAGCAGGAGACUGUAGCGCUACCAGGCACGUUGGAGAACAAGACAAAGUGGGGACCUCUGAACGUGUGGCGUUGGAAAGAAACCCUGGGCCUACACUGAAAGGGACUAGUGAGAGUGAUGACAUUGAUGACAUUUUUGCAGCAAUGGGUGUAUAACACUGGUGUGGUGGUGAGUCACUGUAGUACAGAGGUCCCCAAACUGUGGGGCAACCCCCAAGGGUGGGCAUGGAGGAACAUUGGGGGGGGGC